AUGACGUUGCAGGCGCCCACCACUUUUUCCACACCAGCCCCGGAGGUUGAAAUGGUGGCCACCCACCAGUUGAGCGGAGGGGAGAGCAUCAUCACCACCCUCGUCAUCAUACGACCCAGCGAACCGAUCUGCCCACCCGGUCCCUCCAAGCAGGCUGCACUUCCGAUCUGGUGUUCAUCAGCUUUAUCCACGAUAGAUAAGGUUCUAGACCGUCGGUCCCUGAACAAGGGAUAUUCCUUCGAGUCCAUGAGGGCCCAGGCCUUCGAUGGUGUUCUGGACUCUGAAACCCCCGGCACUCGCUGA